AUGGUCGGUCAGUCGCUCUCGAAAACUGCACACAUCUCAUCCUUUCUAGUUUUUACCCACCUUACUGUUUACUUGAUCAUGGGGGCUCCAAUGCAUCCCCCACCACCUCUCAUCUCAGCCGGACAUUGGAAUCUUGCCUUUGAUGCCGGAAACGAUGUUGCGCCGGCCCCAGGCUUUUCAGUCGUACAAACGGCCGAACAUACGCUUGCCCCUGUAUGGAGACAAAACGUUGUGCCUGUGGCCUAUACUUCCCAUUGGUCGUGCGAGUACGAGCCGGUGACAUGGAUCACUAAUCAUAUCGUCCCAAAUGUUCCAAACCCACAACAAGCGCCAGUGCAUGGAGCUGCUCCGACAGGGUUGCGGCCAAACGCGGUGCCAUUUCAAUCGGGCUAUUCAGACGGAAGGACUAGAGAAUCGCCAAUGGUGACCUGUGAGGAAAAGAAUUCCAAAGGAUUUGGUGGUGGACCAUACCAACCAAGAGCAAAUACCCAGGCAAACUCGGAUGGUGUGUUCAACGCUUCCUUAGGUCGACCACAGGUCGCAACGGUCCCAUCCCCCCUGGCCAGGACUGCGAAAUCAGCCAUAAACCCCUCAAAAGUAACCGAGAAUGCAGAGAAACGUAAUGAGUUGAUUUUCGGAUCCAUUGACGCGCGUCCGAAAAUUCUUGAUCAGAGUGGAUCGGAAGUGAAAGGGAAGGCUCGCCCAAAUUUUCUGAAAAACGAUAUGACAACACAGGUUUAUCGGGUUGUAAACAGAGCCGGCCAUACAUCUGAAGAAGCCCGCGACCCAACACAAAAUAAGGAAACAAGGGUUUCUCGAGUCGCAAGCAGAGCUGCAAAUACCUCCGGCCAACCCCAGAGUAAACACACAUCUGAUUUAGCCCUAUCAGGUGGAAGGGUAAACACUGUGAUUAAAGAAAGAAAUAGCAGUGAAGGCACAACCGAUCUUCUUCAGAAAUCCAACUCCGAUGGGCUUUCGUCUGCUUGCCACAAGGGUAUUACGGAUGCUGUCAGCGGUAAUAUUCAUAUGGGGGAUACUCAGAAUACCGCCCAAAUUUUUGCUGCAACGAAGCUCGCGUCGAUCAAAGAAAACCCUGUAGUAAACGAAAAGGGUGAUGAUUUUCCUUUGACCAACAGAAAUGUUGAAGGCGACGGUUCUUCUCAAAAGCGAACAUCAGAAUAUUCCGAUGAUCCUGAAGCUAUCAUCAAAAACGUCUCUCCUGACACGGCACCAAAUUCAAAACAAACUGGGAAUAACUCAUUGCCUCAAGAAGGAAAUAUUACACUGAUGAAAACUCCCAUCAAAUCAACCCAACCAGACGGCAAGGAUUUGGUCACAGAUAAAAUCGGAACAUCAAGCCGAUCAGCCCGAAAUCAAUUUACCCAUGAGAGAGCCCCUAUGGCUAACCUGCCGGAAGCCCCUCAAAACAGCAUCGGUUCUACAGAGAAUGGGAUACCUUUGAUCCGUCCUGCGGAAUCUGAAAUCACAGAACCAGCCAUGAAUAAGAAUGAUCAAAGCAAUAAAGCCGAAGUGUUAGUCUUUUCCGAUACAGCAUUGAAUGGAAAUCAGAAUCACAAAAGCCAUCUGUCAAAAGAUGACAAUUUGUUGAUGAAAGAGAGUCCCACCACAUCGAUAAGAAAAGGCCGUGAAGAUUCUCUUCAAGUUAAAAUUAGAGCUUCAUUGCCAAUCCUAGCCGAUAAAAAUCAACCAACCUCCGGAAAAAAUGUGGGAACUCCAAAGCACGUGCCUGGAGAGGUCCUCAAGAGCAGCCCCAGCCUUUCAGAAAAUGGAAUGGGCCUCGAAACAGCUGUGCAUUCUUACAAAAAUGCACUUCUGAAAAAACCUGCAACUCUGAACACGGUCAAGAAUAAUGAAGGGGGGAUAAAAAAAAUAGAAGCAACAGCUCCUAUCUUACCAGCACACACAGUAAACACUCAAGAUACCGACUCUAGCAAACAGUCUUUGUUUGAUUCUUCCGGUUUUGAAUACACCAAUUCAGAACUUACUUCCCCUUUCCUUGGCAAGAGAUUGGCCAACUCUGAGCCAAAAAUAACUCCAGUUGUUGAUGAUAUUUCUCCAAAAGCUACUAUAGUCAAAUUUGACACUGAUACCAAUGGUAUAAUGUUGAGAAAUAAAGUGGAUGAAAUUGCAAAGAAAGAUAUCAAUACAAAGAAUGAGCCCAAGCAUGGGCCAAGAAAGGUUCAAGUGCAAGAUUUGAAUAGUGACAAAAAUCCUCAGAUUGGUUCAACAUUCACCAAUCAAGAAAUUCCUGCCAAGGAAAUAUCUGUACCCAAGAAUCAAGAAUCCAGCUCAGAAAUAGUGGAAGGUGGAAUUCUAACACUCAAGGAAGAGUAA